AUCAACAAGGUGCCUGUAUAAUAGCAAAGGAAACACACAAUCGCAAAAAUUGAAACACAAACUAGUGUAAAUCCUUAAAACCUAAAAAAUCACAUAAAUAAGUAGUGACAUAAAUCUUACUAAAACUGCAAGCAUGACUAGUCUGCCCGAAAUUUUUAAGCUAAACGUUUUUUGUUUGUUUGAGAUAUUUAAACAAAUUAAAAUGAAUUGCGAGACCAGCAAAAGUUUACAAAACAGACACAAACUAGUCCAGUAUUCAGAUCUAAUCAAUUUUGUCAUCUGUCACGAGGUGUUUACAAAAGCUUUCGAAGAAUGGAGCCAUUCUCUAUAUAAGUUUCUUGAGAUCGAUUAUGCCUUUUUAAAUACAUGCGAUUUGCUAAAAAUUGAUUUUGCCAAAAUAUACGAGACUCUCAAAAAGGUUUCCAAAACAGACAGAGAACUAUUUUGGAAAUUUUGCGCCAAUGCAAUCGAAGAGAAUGAAUUGUUGAGUUCGGUAACGCUUAUUUACCACCCAACCCGAUUCUAUCCCGAUCACUUGGAUAGUUUUGAGGCAGUAGUAAAUAGCCUUAAAAAUAAGAAAUCAUUGCGUACGCUUGUCGUGGAUGUUUCAGGAUAUAGUCUCCCUUAUGUGCCAUGCAUUACAACCCUGACGAAACUCGAACUGAACGUGCGAAUGGAGAUUGAAGACUUACUCCAGUUUUGCCAAUCGAAUCCAAAUCUACGCUUUCUGAAUUUCCACCAUACGGAGUUACAGGGUCGGCUAUCGGAUAUUCUUCCAUACUGCAAUAAACUGAACACCUUGGCCUUCACAAUGAAGCCUGAUAUAGAUGCAUCGGAAUAUGCCGACGUUGCAAAACUAACGCAACUUAGACAACUUAGGCUUAAAGGUGUCCAUCAAGAGGGAACUCUUCUUGAGUUACUAAUGGGACUAAAACUCAAACGAUUGAGAAACAUAUCCAUUCCAAACAGUUUUCUUACCAAAGGAGAGUCACUAAAGGAACUGCAUAUUCAUGUUGUGUUUAUUUCCUAUUGCAUUGAAAACCUUAUAAAUGCACUAGUUAAUCCAUCUCAUCAAAAACUGCGCAAAUUAUCCUUAACUCUGUGCCCAUAUAAAGUCCAAGACUUUACAAAAUUAAUGAUGGCCAUUGCAAGUAUAGGUCUUCUCACAAACUUAAAUGAAUUAUAUAUUGAAAACCCUGAGGGGUUCCCAUAG